CUCGAAAUCCAUCGCUUCGACGCGUUUGCCGUCCUUCUUGAACUCGUUGCGUCCUUCAGCCGAUGAUUUCUUCACCUCCUCGACGCCGAUGUCUUUGAGCUCGAGCAGUUUGCCCGCCUUGUCUUUGAGCGAGAGCUCUUUCUCGUCCGCAUCCUUGAAUUUGGUCGGGCGGCAAUCACACGUCGUGAUGACAAUCGGGCAGAGGUCCUUGAUCUCCUCGGGAUAUUUUGAGAGGUCUGCUUUGUAGUCGUCCCCC